AUUUGGCCGUUUACUUACCCCAAGUGUUCAUUCCCCAAUUGUCUACUAUCCAAAUCCAAAUAUCCUCUCCCUAAAAAUGUCAGAAAACCACUACCCAUUAGGCCAACCUCAUAAAAAUGAGGUUCUCCCCUGUUUGAGGUUAGAGGUCUGUCUGUAUUUUAUAAAUUUAAUGUUUUUCUUUCUGAUUUUUUCCCAAAAACUUCCAAUUAAAAUUUUUUCUUCCUCUUUUAUCAUUUCCUUCAAUUUAAUUCACAUAAAAAGGCAAAUUUGCUGUUGCUGCAGCAUUUUUAUUAUCCAAAGCAGCCAUAUAAAGGCGAUAUCCCCCAGUUUGCAAAGCCCCUAAAUUUAGGGUGACGCCAGUUUUACUUGAAGAUUUAAUUGCGGAGGUAGUGACGUCGUCUCCCGCAGCAUCGGUUCUUUCCUUUAAGACACUCCAUUUUACAGUAAUUGGGUCAUUAUUAGGGUCUGAUACAGCCAAUGUUGCUGUUGGAACCUGAAAAUUAUUUUGGGUUAGUUUUAUCUGUUGGAAUUUAAAAACCCCAUGGGGGCGGUGGUAAAUUGUUAUGAGGAAUGCCCAAGUGAAUGGGUGGGACCCGACCCGUCUAAUCACGACCCAAACCCAAACUUUUUUUGU